AUGUUCGUAUCUGCAGAAGUUUUGGAAGGGGUCAAUUUGUCACUCCUAUCUGGAGUAAUGGCAUCCCGGCUAUCUCGUGGGACGUACAAUGGCGGGCUUCUGUCAACUGAAGCCGGAACACUUGCUCGAGUGGUUGCCGAUGGAACAAUCGCCCUAGCUGGUUACCUAGGGGAGAUCAAGCUAUUGAAUGCCACCCUUCUUCCAUCCCACCUAGGGGAGAUCAAGCUAUUGAAUGCCACCCGGGUCAAUUUGUCACUCCUAUCUCGAGUAAUGCCAUCCAGGCUAUCUUGUGGGACGUACAAUGGCGGGCUUCUGUCAACUGAAGCCGGAACACUUGCUAGAGUGGUUGCAGAUGGAACAAUCACCCUAGCUGGUUACCUAGGGGAGAGCAAGCUAUUGAAUGCCACCCUUCUUCCAUCCCCCUUGAUUUGUGUAACGUCUAUUAUUGCCACCUUCUGCAACUACAAUUAUCUCUACUGA